UGCGCUUGCCGGAUCAGAAUGUUGAGCAAAACGGACUAGAAGCGACGGACAGACACCGACGAUAUUUAUUGGCCGCUUUUCCUCCUUAGUUUAGUAAACACCUAUCGAUUCAGAAUACAAUAUAUACAACAAUGACGGAGCCCCAAUCAGCACUGUUACUCAGGAGACAGCUAGCAGAAUUGAACAAAAACCCAGUGGAAGGGUUCUCUGCAGGACUAAUAGAUGAUAAUGACCUGUACAGAUGGGAAGUGCUAAUAAUUGGUCCUCCUGAUACACUGUACGAAGGCGGCGUGUUUAAAGCCCAUCUCACGUUUCCCAAAGACUAUCCUCUCAGGCCUCCCAAAAUGAAAUUCAUUACGGAGAUAUGGCACCCAAAUGUGGACAAGAACGGCGAUGUUUGCAUUUCUAUUCUGCACGAGCCGGGGGAGGACAAGUACGGCUACGAGAAGCCUGAGGAGCGCUGGCUCCCCAUCCACACCGUGGAGACAAUCAUGAUCAGCGUCAUCUCCAUGCUCGCCGACCCCAACGGAGACUCCCCCGCCAACGUGGACGCCGCAAAAGAGUGGAGGGAAGAUAGGCACGGUGAAUUCAAACGGAAAGUUGCCCGUUGUGUACGAAAGAGCCAAGAAACUGCCUUUGACUGACUGAUAUUCGUCCAGCAGCUUGUAGCGUCACUAUUUUCAGGGUCUCCAGUCGAGAAACAUGGAACUGUUUUUCUGCACUCUACCACCCUAUUGCCGAACUCGUCUUGAUUGAACGUUGGCAGAAACAGGCUGGCAUUGAUAGGCUGCAAUAGAACAAUAACGGCUCAUACAGAUAUGGACGGAACAUGCCAGUUUAAGUGCCAACAUCAAAAAAGGAAGAAAAAAAACAGAAGUGGAAAAACCACAAGAUUUUUACGCAAGUCUAUGAACUGAUACAACUUUCAGGAAAGAAAUUGUAAAGACCUGUAAAUAGCACAGACAUAACUGGAUAAUAUAUUAAACUGUUCCUAUACAUCCAGCAAGACAUUUAGUACCAAAUAAAUAGCGCUUUCUGUAGUUAGAGUCCUGUCAAAAUCUUAAAGAGUAUAGUUAAUUUUCCCCUCCCUGCAAGCCUACAUCUAGUGUGAGUCAGUUUUUUUUACAGGUCAUGUGGAGAGGCAAGGUUUACAGAAGUGGAAAGUGGAAAGGCUUCUUCCUCUUAGGUCUUCUGUGUCUGGGAGCCUCACAAUGACAAAUGAACUAGGAACAACAACAAAAAAGACAGCAGAAAGGCAUGUUUUCAUCGUUGGCACGUGGACGGGUCUUUGUGUUUUCGGGUUCGGGGUGGGAGGUUGUGAUUGGCAGUACUAUUGUUGGAUUUUAUAUAGUGCGCAUGUCACAUUUGGGACACCUUUUCGCUUAGUGGACACUUCGGGUCAACGAUGGGUAAGCCACUGGUCAUCUAGAACACGCCUCCUUUGUUUUUGGGAGUGGGGAAGGGCUUGGGGAGAGUCCUGGCCGGUGGCUGUGGACGUGUCCUGCUGAGCACAGGGAACGCGCUCUAUGGGCUUUUACAGCCUUGGCGAAGAGGGAGCCCGG